UUCAAAACGUGGGAGUUCUGUUCAAAACAUGGGUGGAUUCCUUUUCACAGCGAGGUGUUUGUGAAUUCUUCAUCUAAGACUAAUCCAUUCUAUAAAAUCUUCCCUCCAGCAAUCUUAACAUAAAAAUAAAGAGAAAGAUGAGGUCUUUCUCACUUUUGCUUCUCUUUCUCUCCAAUCUCCUCCACAAUUCAUCUGCAGAAGACAUCAUCACUCCAAAUUCCUCCAUCAAAGAUGGCCAAACCCUCAUAUCAGCAGGUGGAAUUUUCGAGCUCGGCUUCUUCCACCCCGGCAGUUCAAAAAUGAGAUUUUUAGGCAUCUGGUACAAGAAAAUCCCUGUUCAAACUGUUGUGUGGGUUGCGAACAGAGGCGCUCCGCUUUCAGAUUCUUCUGGCAGUCUACAGAUCGGAGAAACCGGAAAUCUAAUCUUGUUUGAUGGAUCACAGAAAGCCAUCUGGUCAACUACGGCCGCCUCGUCAAAUUCAAGCAAUACAAUCGCACAACUGUUGGAUAAUGGCAACUUUGUUCUAAGAAACAAUGGCAGUACUGUCUCAGAAAGCUUCAUCUGGGAAAGUUUUUACAGUCCUUGCGACACUCUUCUUCCGGGAAUGAAAUUAGGUUGGAACUUAAAGACAGGGCUCGAGUCCAAACUCACAACUUGGAAGAGCUCCGAUGAUCCUUCUAAUGGCGACUACACUUUCAGCCUUGAUGUCAGGGGAGCACCGGAGUUUUUUCUAAGGCAUGGAACCCAGCCAGUUUACAGGAACGGUCCAUGGACUGGUUUUCAAUUCAGCGGUGAGCCAGAAAUGACCGCAAACAGCUACGUGAGCUUUGAUUUCAUCUCUAAUGGCGAUGAGAUAUACUACGCGUACAAAGUGAUUGACAGCUCCAUCACUUUCAGAUUGGUCUUGAACCAAUCCAAUAUCCAAAGAUACCUCUGGCAUGAUUCGUUGUCUUCUUGGUCUCUCUACUGGUCUGUUCCGAGGGAUCAAUGUGAUUCCUACGCUGACUGUGGCCCAUAUGGUUUCUGCAACCCAAACUAUUCGCCAGUCUGCAGCUGCGUUCAUGGAUUUAAGCCAAAAAACCUGCAGAACUGGAACUUGAGAGAUGGAUCUGAUGGAUGUGUUCGUGUUACAAACCUGGAUUGUGAAAAAGGAGACGGCUUUUUGAAAAUGAGUGGAAUAAAGCUUCCGGAUACAACAACGGCUGUAGUUGUUGAGAGUGUUAGUUUGGAUCAGUGUAGGCUAAGUUGCUUGAAGAAUUGUUCUUGUUUGGCUUAUGCGAGCGCUAAUAUCAGUGCUGGAGGGAGCGGUUGCAUUACUUGGGGAAGUGAGCUGAUGGAUCUGAAGCAGUUUGCUGAUGGAGGCCAAGAUUUUUAUAUAAGAUUAGCAGCUUCUGAACUGAGAGGAGACUUAAAGAAGAAGCAUGUAAUUAUAAUUGUUGUUGUAGUUGUCUCUAUGAUGUUUCUAUUGGGAUUUACUGGAUUUUGCUUCUGGAAAAAGAAGAGGAUGAUGAACAUUACAGGUUAUUGGAGAAAUAAGCCAAGGCAGCUUUCUUUCGAUGCUGUAAUCACUGAACAUCUGUCAGAUAAUGAAGAUAGCAGGAGGAAAAAUACAGAUCUCCCAUUAUUUAAUUUUGAAACUAUACUAAUUUCCACUGGGAAUUUUUCAACUGCUAAUAAGAUUGGAGAGGGUGGAUUUGGCAUAGUUUAUAAGGGAAAGCUUGAAGAUGGUCAGGAAAUAGCUGUGAAGAGACUGUCAAAGGGUUCAUUACAAGGAACUACGGAGUUCAAAAAUGAAGUUAUGUUGAUUGUUAAACUUCAACACAUCAAUCUUGUCAGACUACUUGGUUGUUGCAUUCAAGGAGAGGAGAAGAUGCUCGUCUAUGAGUACUUGCAAAAUAAGAGCCUGGACACCAUAAUAUUUGAUAAAACUAAAUCCUAUCUCUUGAGUUGGCCGAUGCGGUUCAAAAUCAUCGUCGGUAUUGCUCGCGGGCUCGUCUAUCUUCACCAGGACUCGAGAUUUCGAAUCAUUCAUAGGGAUCUGAAGGCUAGCAACAUUUUGCUUGAUCAAGAGAUGAACCCUAAAAUUUCAGAUUUCGGAUUGGCGAGAAUAUUUGGGGGGGAGGAGAAUAGCACCUAUACCAAUAGAGUGGUUGGAACAUAUGGAUACAUGUCGCCGGAAUAUGCGAUGGAUGGCAUCUUCUCGACGAAAUCCGAUGUCUUUAGCUUCGGUGUAUUGGUUCUAGAAAUCGUGAGUGGAAAGAAGAACAAAGGAAUUCAUAUUUCUGACCAACGUAUAAACCUUCUUGCUCAUGCAUGGAAUCUAUGGAAAGAGGGGAAGGCAGCAGAUCAACUCUUUGAUGAUUCAUUAGGUGAUUUAUCUUCGGAGCCCGAAGUAUUGAGGUGCAUUCAGUUGGGACUUUUAUGCGCUCAAGAAAGAGCAGAUGACAGACCAUCGAUGUCGAUGGUGCUUAUGAUGCUGUUGAGCUCGAAUACGAUGUUGCCGCAGCCGAAGAAUCCUGGAUUUUGGGAUGGAGGUGGCUCGAGCGACAUGAAAUUGUCAUGGAGCUUUUCUACUAAUGACAUGUCCGUGACAAGGCUUGAGGGUCGUUAGACGAGUGAUCAAAGUGUUCUUUGAUGCGUCGAUGAAUGUAAUAGACGUCUUAACUCUUGCUGCAUGUUGUUUCUGAUGAUCCUGAGAGAGAAAUACACUUUUGAUUUUAAUACAUCAGAAUUCCUUUUAUCUAAUAAAGGAUAUGUAAAAAUUUGGAGGAAGUUUAUAGCAAUGUGAAAAUAAAAAGGUUGCUAUCAUAUUGUAAAUAG